CUAUUUUCAGUCCUUUCAAAGUUAGAGUUUUUAUCAUUGUAAAUGUUUUAAAUCAGAUUAUAUAUGUGUAUACUAGUAUUAGUUAGAUGUGUACUCCUGCCGUGACCUUUUCAUUACAGGUUGUCUUUUAGUCAAGAUGCAGCAACCACCUCACUGUCGCAAAUGUUAAAAUCUCAAGUGUUGUUGUACUCUUCCAAAGAGGUUGGAGGUUAAGACCUGUCAAGUGUUUUAGAAAAAAUAUAUUUCCGAUGAAUUACUGUCAAUAUAAAACACAAGGUCUAUCGCUACUGUUGACUGGCGCGCCAAUCAUUUUAUUUUGGCAGUAAAAUCUCCCGCACUUCCUGUAGGAAGCCAGCUUGACGCAGCUCUAGAGCAACAGCGAGCAACGCUACGCUCACCUGCAACACACAACAAAAUGAGAUCUGUUGAUUAACUUAGCUUUAUAAUAGUCGCAGAGGCGCGCGGAAUAUCUGCCGGGGAAACCACUGUCCUAUCCUUCAUCUGCCUGAGAAGUUCCAGCGGGCUACACUGACAGCCGUCGGGCCUCGUCGUCGUGGCCCAGCAGGACUCGGGUGAAGUUGGGAGCGGACUGCCAAACUUCUGCUUUCUUCAGCGGCUCUCCGCAGGGCCCGGGGCUCCUGUCACCGGCCCUGUGGAUGAGGAAGUGAAUACGUAGAUAACCAACCCCAAGAAGGAAGGCAUCCCUUUGAUGGGAGAGUCCUCUUUUCUGGCCUCCUGGGUCAACCACCGUGCCAUGAUGAUGGGUACUGUAUUUUAUUAGACCUGCAACCUCCCUGAACGAUGAGCAGGAGGCGCUGAACUCCAUCAUGCAGGAUUUGGCUGAACUGCAUCGCUCCAGCCGCCCUGCAUCGUUCCUGUUAGACUUGGGCAAACCAAAGGCCUCCUCGCCCAAGAACCAGAAUGAUGUCAGAGUGAAGUUUGAGUUCAAAGGGGAAAAGAGGAUUUUGCAGUUCCCUCGUCCUCUUAAGCUGGAGGACCUGAGGUCAAAAGCUAAAGUGGCUUUUGGUCAGUCGAUGGACCUUCACUACACCAACAAUGAGCUUGUGAUUCCCCUAACCACUCAGGAUGACCUGGACAAGGCUGUGGAGCUGCUGGAUCGCAGUGUUCACAUGAAGAGCCUGAAGAUCCUUCUGGUGUUACAAAUGUCUUCUCAGAACUCCAGUAUGGACCUCUUGCUCUCCCAUGAGGAGCUGGACAACAAAGGAUUCAGGGUUACAGACAAGAAGAGUAUGCUGGCUUUAAUAGGUUCCCACUCAACAGACCGCAGCUCUCCUCCUCCUGGAUACAUUCCUGACGCUCUUCAGCAGGUGGCGAGAAAUGGCUCCUUCACCAGCAUCAACAGCGAGGGAGAGUUUAUUCCGGAGAGCAUGGACCAGAUGCUGGACCCACUGUCAAUGAGCAGUCCUGAGAACUCGGCAUCUGGAAGUUGUCCCUCUUUAGACAGCCCACUGGACAGUGACUACCCAAAGACCAGGAUGCCUAGAGCACAGAGCUACCCAGACAACCACCAGGACCUUACAGAAUACGACAUUCCAGUGUUUGAGAAGUCUGGGAAAGGGGGAACAUAUCCUCGGCGUUAUGGCAUUCCCUUUAGCCUUCAGGAUUACAGCGAUGGGAGGAAGACCUUCCCCCGAGCUCGGCGAACGCAAGUUCACAGUUUCCGUUCACCAGUUAGUUUCAGCCCCACUGAGCAGUCACCCAGCACCAGCAGCGGCAGUAGUGUCUUCACUCCAGAUCUUGAGGAGGUUCCAGGACCGGCCAGGCGGCUGCAAAGAGGCAGUGACAUUGAACCUACCCCCAAUCCAACAGCCACUCCAACCCUCUCUGUCAUGGACAUCAGUCCACCCAGCCGCUCUCCACGUGCUCCAACCAACUGGCGACUCGGUAAGCUUCUGGGCCAGGGUGCCUUCGGACGGGUUUUCCUUUGUUAUGAUGCUGAUACUGGACGGGAACUGGCAGUUAAACAGGUUCAGUUCGACCCAGACAGUCCUGAAACUAGCAAGGAGGUGAGUGCACUGGAGUGUGAAAUCCAACUUUUGAAGAACUUGUGCCAUGAACGAAUCGUCCAGUACUAUGGCUGCCUUCGGGACUCGAUGGAGCAAACGCUUUCCAUUUUCAUGGAGUACAUGCCGGGCGGCUCUAUUAAAGAUCAGUUAAAAUCAUACGGCGCACUCACGGAAAACGUCACGCGCCGCUACACCCGUCAGAUUCUGGAGGGCGUUUCCUACCUGCACAGUAACAUGAUCGUUCACCGGGAUAUCAAAGGAGCCAACAUACUUCGAGACUCUGUUGGCAAUGUGAAACUCGGAGACUUCGGAUCCAGUCGGCGGCUGCAGACCAUAUGUCUGUCAGGAACAGGCAUGAAGUCGGUCACAGGCACGCCAUACUGGAUGAGCCCAGAGGUGAUCAGUGGAGAAGGCUAUGGAAGAAAGGCUGACAUCUGGAGUGUCGGCUGCACUGUUGUGGAGAUGCUGACUCAGCAGCCACCCUGGGCAGAGUUCGAGGCCAUGGCAGCCAUCUUUAAGAUCGCCACCCAGCCCACGAAUCCUGUCCUCCCCGCCCAUGUGUCGGACUACUGCAGAGAGUUCCUCAAACGGAUCUUUGUAGAGACCAAGCAGCGGCCGUCUGCUGAAGAGCUACUGAGGCACGUUUUUGUACAUUAACCCACCCUUGAACCUUUAAACCCCACCCUCCUUCCUUAUGGCGUUUCUUGCCCGAGUUCCACACUGAAUCCACACUGGGCCAGGGAGAACUUCCUGGAAGGACGGGGAGCAUAUUGGUGGGGGCCCUAAUUCUGCUGUCUCUGUUUAUACAAGACUGACCGAGCAGUAGUUUUUCCUUUUCUCCAGUUGCACCUUACUUUGUCAGACAGGGGAGGUAAACCUCCAUCUGAGCUAAUGAAAGCAUCUCUUUGUGUUUGUACGGUUCUUAUCUUUAACAUGUUGGGUGGUGUCAUUGUUGUGGACCUACAUGAGGUGAUGCCUGACUCUGCCCCCUACCCUGCCCUCACCUCGCCGACUCCACUCCAAAACCUAGUUUCCUGCCAAACCCCAGAGUGACGGUGAUGAAGUGGGGCCGCUGCUAUAGAUGAAACUCAAUCCCUCACCUGGAUAAAACGGUUUCCACUCACCUGCCCUCAACGUUGUCCCACAUGAAACGUCUCUUCUUUUUCAUCUCCGUUCUUUGCCACGUGCCUUUUCUGUUUGGGAAUGCAGAGUAUGAAUGAGUUUUCCGUUUUGUGGAUGUUCUCCAUCAAGCUCUGUCACCACUGCCUUUGCACUGUCAGCCCAAAUCCAGCUGAUCUUUGUUCAGCUCAGUAAUGUUCAUUUCUGCCUUUCCUGCAACAGGGACUCCUCAGCUCAUUUUGCUUGCAUGCGCCACCUGCCUGCUUUGGCCGGUGACCAGAUAUCCUUCUGCUUCUUGGUGGCCGUGUAUCUGACGUUCAUUUCAUGUCGGACUGUGGAGCAGAAGACUUUCUGUAAAAGUGUCUUGAGUUGCACAUCCAUGCCAAUAUUUUGUCAUAAUUACAGCAAUUGUACCAAAAUAUGGUACCAUUACGAGUUAUUGCCAAAAUUCUCUUUUUCUUUAAGAAUGCCUAGCAGUCACAAAUCGCGUGGUGAUAUUUAAUUCCUGUCAAACAUGGAACUGUGUUAAGGUCUAACAACUAGUGGUUUUAGACCUGAACGUACCAGACCACUUGAUAACUUGAACCAAAGCUGGAGAGCAGCUGUUGAAGGUCGUCGUUGUUGUGCUGCGGCACAAGAAGCUCACAGCUGAUUGGCCACAGGUCUGGCUGUAUGAUGCUGUCCCUAGUUUGAUUUGAAGCUAAACACAUAAGUGUGUGUGUGUGUGUGAGUGUGAGUGUGAGAACGCCCGCGCGUUCCAUCUGAGCUGGAACAGAGCACUUCUCGUUUUUUUUUUGUUUAGUUUUUUUUUUUUGUUUUGUUUUGUCAUGUCAUUUCAUCUAAAUCCAACCCCCAUUAACUUGUCACUUUAAUGAAACAUGGAGCACUCCAACAACAACAACGACAACACAGCUUCCUGACGUAAAAUAACUGCUACAUGGCUCCAUAACUAUGCACCAGUUACCAGACAGCGGUACACAGCUUAUUACUCCAGUGAUGCCAGACUCAUGGUGCCGUGUCAUUUGCACGAUUCAGUUGUUAGUGAUUAGUUGAAAACAGACCGUGAAUUAAAAAGGUUUAUGAAUUUUGGUGUCUAGACCGAUCCUUCACUCGUGAACUGUACUUGUCAGCGCGGCCAAAGGGCCAAGUUAGCUGCUCUUGUGCAUGUUCACAGACGCAUCCUGUUGACACUGCUGCUCCGUGCUUCUGCUUCUAACAACAUCAGCCAGUAUCUCUCCAUUUUUACCACCUCAGUUUAACUAUGGUACUGAUUACUGCUGGUAUAAGAUUUUAAGUUGGUGGAAGCACUGUUGUGGUUACUUCACAGAUUGGUACAUAAAACUUUUCUACAGUGAAAAAGCCUGUGGUUGUGCAUAACAUGCAGAAAAUACAAAUGCCCAGAAGCUGUAUUUCACUGAUGACACCUUUUUUUAAGAACAUUAUAUUUACUUCUUUUUUCCAUUUGAUUCAUCAAUUCAUAUUCAUUCAAUUCAUAAUCAAGAAUUCACAGAUUUUCUCUGAAGACACUUCCUUGUCUGACUGAAUCAGACCUUUGGGCUCUGUGGUACGUUGUGUUUCUGUGAUUAUUUACAGGGUUUGUGACGAAUCAAACCCUGUACGUCACGAUGCAUUUUCACUAUAUAUCAUGAUGCGACAUUUCCUGUCAUGAAAGCACAAGUGAUUGUGUUGAGAUUAAAGUGAUCUGCCGUAAACUGUCUGGUACAGGUGGAGAUUCAUGUUUGUGUGGCCAGCACAAUCACAGUCGUGAUUCACACUACCACGAUGCACUAUGGAUCAUUCAUUAGUUCUUCUUUGUGAAUUGACGAGGUUCUCGGUUCUGCGACCUUUCUUUGCACAUUUUAAAGACUGUUUUAUUUGUGUGCGUGCGUUGUUCAUAUUGACCUGUACAUGAAUGUAACGUCUCAUUUCUUUACUGUCAGAUGGCCUCUUUCGCUACAGGUGAUUAACAGUUCAGUAUGAGGAUUUGUCACCUGCAAACGCAAUCAUACACAUGUAGGUGUGAAACCACUGCUGACGUGUGUGUUCGCACUUGAAAUGUGCAUUUACAGUAGUGUUUGCUCAGUGGACACUGUACCUGAAAUGCAUUCUGACUGUAUGGGAUGAGAAGAAUGAAAUAAUGAAAAUUAAACAUGUACAAAUGCAUUAAAUGAAAAUGUACUUUUUAAGAAACGUAAACUUCUAUCCCACGUUUGGUUUCUGUGUAUUGUAAAAGAAGCUAUGUUUAUAAUUUGGAUUGGUUUGUGACCAAUACGCCUGUUUAUAUCAGAUCUGUAUAUCAGUGGUAUGCAUAAUUUUUUAAUAUAUAUUUUUUAUUUUACUUAGUGUUUUUUAUGGGAGAGUUUAUGCAUGGUCCGGUCCUGUGAGACAGCAGUGCCGUUUUUGGCUAAAUUCUGGAGUAUUGCAACAGCUCUGUGUUCAUAAUUGCAAUUAUGACAAUGAAAACAAUAAAAUAUUUAUUGCA